AUGGAAACUGACUUCGGAUUGACAGAGUAUGCCAGCGCGCACGCCCUCACUCCCGUCCCCUGUUUGCUCAAGGAAAUGUACAGCGACUUUAUCGUCCAGGAGAUUCUUGGUAAUUUUACUGCGAAAUUCGUAAAAAAAAGCAUCUAAAACUAAUUGCAGCCGAUGGAACUGUUCUGCACAUUCCUUCUCCGGAUGCGAUCCUAGAAGCCACGGAGAAAGUCACUGCCAAGAUCGACGAAAGUGUCGUCAAGCCGGAAUGCAUUUCCGACGAAACUCUGGCAACCCUUGACGAGCGAUUCGAAACGAAAGGACCGGCAGUUCUGAUCACAGUGACCGAUUUGAGUAAGGAGGAGAGAAAAAGCAUCCAUGUGUUCGUACGAGAGCGAUAUGGACAGAAACUGAUGACGGAAACGAAGGAGGCGGGGAUCUUGGUUUCGCACGGACACACGCAGAGUACUAGGAAGCGCCGCCACUGGGAUGAGAACACUCCGAAAGAAUGCCAUUUUACGAUGUGCAAGGAGAACAAGGACACGAGCUAUGCCUGUCAAAUAAUCGCGAGAUUUCUGAAGUGAGUGGGAAGUCAUCGACGAUCACAAAAAAAAAAACGAAAAGAAAGCAAUUUCACGUAAUUCACGCUGCCGGCGUCCACUUCACGAUGCCGAUUUCGGGCAUAGCGACUUUUAAUUGCCGGUGGUUUCACGUGAGAAAAAGAUUUAGUGAAACUUUGAGUAAAUACAAAAUAAUCAAUGGACGGUUUUCAGUAUUGGCCAGAACAACAUCCGAACUCACGGAAUCAAGGACAAAAGAGGAGUGACAGCGCAAAGAGUGAGUGUGACUCACGUGCUGGAGAGCACCAUUCUCCAGCUGAACUCGAAGCUCCGUGGAAUCAAGGUAUUCGACUGUGAGCAUAAAGACACUCCAGUCAAAAUGGGAGCUCACUGGGGGAACCGAUUCAGCAUCGUGCUCCGCAACAUUCCACCAGAGUCGGAGACAAUGUUGCACGAAAGACUGGAGACCUUCAAAAACACCGGAUUCAUCAACUACUUUGGUAGGUUUUGGAUGGUUGAACCAGCAGACAACAUAUUGAUUUCAGGGACUCAAAGAUUCGGAUCACGAUGCUCCACGACUGCUGACAUCGGCUUGGCAAUUGUGAAAAGGGAUUGGGAAGGGGCGGUGCGGAAGAUUCUGUCGAAUGGACUGCCCGAACAUUUGGAGAAGUCGUCGGUCGGAAACGCAGUGCAGCACUUUCUGAACACUGGAAAUGCUCACGAAGCGAAGCGCGAGCUGAAGGGAGCACAGGCGUUCGCCACAGUCGAAGCGAACAUUCUGAAGUGUCUGGCGAAGGGUGGCACGUGGCAGGAGUCGAUCACCACCGCCGUUCCCGUUCAGACGCGCAGUCUCUACGUGCAUGCCUAUCAAAGUCUUAUUUGGAACAAGGUCGCUUCGCGGCGAGUCAAGGAAUACGACAUCCGAGUGCACGAAAACGAUGUCGGAGCAGACGGGAAACCGUUGGGAGAGCACGCCACGCACUACGACAUCCACAUUCCGCUGGCCGGAGAGAAUCAGGCGUUCGAGAACAGCUAUGCGAGUCAGUGGACGAAAGAGUUACUCGAGGUGGACGGACUGACUGCGGCCAGCUUCACUUCGCUCAAAGAGUUAGUCUGAUUUAUUUCUAGAUGACUGAUAACUAAUCAUUCUCAUUCCAGCAAAUUCUCCCUCGGCGAAUCGUCCCGCCGUCUGUUCGUCGAGGCAAAGGAUCUCAAGUGGGAGAUUAUCAAGUAUUCCAACCCACGAGACUUGCUCCAGGAUGGCCUUGACACCCGCGCAAUUCCCGAAUCCGAGCGCAUCGGAGACCUUCGUGCUCUAGAGAUUCAGUUCAGUCUGAUCUCUGGCUCGUACGCAACUGUCGCUCUCCGCGAAGUGACCGGAAGCGAUAUGGGAAAGCAAGCGCAGAGAGCAGCCUCGUGUAAAGCAAGAGAAGGUGCGAAACAAGAGGAAGAUGAGGAAGAAGUAGGAGAAGGAGAAGGAGAAGGCAUCCAAGUGGAUCUUAAAGAAGAAAUUGCUGAGGAAUGA